AUGUCGGAAAGGAAAUCUAACGAAAAUACUUCAACAAUUACUUUUGAUCCUAUUCUGCCAGACAGUGGAAUUCUUUUCUAUGAAGAAUGUCCAAAAGAAUAUGAAAUUGAUCCUCCAAUAUUAUUGCCAUUGAAGAGCACUACUCAAAUACGAUUUGAAGAACUUCAAAGUGAAGCUGUUCGGGCUUGGAAAGAAUCACAGAAAACGGCAAGCAAGAAAGAGUGA